AUGUGCUAUAAUAUCGAAUGGAUAAGUUGGAACACUUAUGAAUAAGGAUGUUAAUAAUGUUAAUCCAGAUCCAAAUUCAUACUCAAAAGAGAUAAAUUGUCUAUUAAUGUAAUUUAUUAACUCUAUUAAAUAUUCUUCUUGCUUGUUUUCCAAAUUAUAACUUUUAUGAAAACUCUUUUUUCGAUACAUUUUAAGAAUCAUUUUUAAACACCAACCUAAAAAUGACAACUCCUCCUUUCUCCCAUAAUUAAUCAAACUCUGUAUAAAUAAAAGUGAGAAGAAUUACUAAAUAAAACUCUAAUUGAACAAUAAUUGGAUGAAAUAUAUAUAAUUAAGAUCAUAGCAGAAG